GGAAGAGGUAACCGUAUGCCGUGCGUCAUAGCGCCAGAUAAGACGCCAUAUGUAAACUGGCUGCCAGUGUUCACGCGGCAUUACGUCUGCUCGAUGGGGUCUUUGAAGCUGCUGGUGGUGGUGGUCUGGGCGCUCUGCAGGGGCCUCGCAGUGGUGGCGAAUAUCAGGAUUGGGGGCCCAUACGAGAUCGAAUUAGAGGAGUUUUCACCAUGCACUGAUAUUGGCAGUCUUGGUAUUAAGUUCAAUGUGCUCUACACUUUUGAACAUUGGAAAGUUGCUUACAAUGGAAACCUGACGUUUCCGUAUGAUGAAGACGACGAGGAACUGCUGACUGCAAUUAGAUUUGACAAAUGGGGCAGUACUGGUGGCUGGAAAUAUGAAGGUACUUUCGAGAGGUACGACAUUAUGACAGUCAUGCUUACCUACUUUCCAAAUGCCUUCAAAAGUUUCUAUGGCAGCAUGGGCAUUACAGGAAAACCAAUGCCAGCCGGUACCUACCAAAUGGUGAACUUCAAACCGAUGAGGCUAAAACUUGUUAACUUUCCUGAAUUGCCGUAUGGUCAUUUCAGGUUAAUGGUGAAACAAUCCAAAGAUGAUAAUCCGUUAGGUUGUCUGGAGCUUCGUGUCUAUAUCAGGGAGAUCCCUUCAUAGAUAGCAGGAAUCUCGAAGAAAGGCAAAAAAGGCAUGCGCAUCAUCGGCUGAAGCACAAGGAAACAGGACUAAAUCGCCUGACUGGAUCAGCAGAAAAAUAAAUAUAUAAAUGAAGUAAAAACAAAAUAAUAGAAAUUAAAAAUUAAAAUAAAUAAGAAAGUAAGAAAUUUC